UUAUAAUAUUUUUGCUUUUCGAUCCAACAAGAAAACCGUGAGUGACUCUCCAAAAAUAUACGCUCGACCUUACUCUUUUAUCUGCAAAAGGUAAUAAAGAAGUACCCUUUCUUUGGUGCUUUACUAAAGUUCAUGCAAACUGCAUGGGCUGUUGAAUCUGCUUCGAUGCCUCUUCCAAUUCUUAUGAGUGGCCUACAAAUUGAAGUCUUAUCAUCUCCAUCUUCUUCGUGAAAACGAAUGCCGAAGGUAUAUUUGGACUCCGCGAAUUUGUGAAUGUGUGAUCCUCGUGGGAAAUGAUUCCGACCCAUGAUCAUGGCCGAUACCUCUAGUAAUGCAAAUUUCUGUGAUAGGCCCACGAAAAGGCUCAGAGACGCCAUUGUUGAGCUUGCAAGCUCCAACCAGAAAAGCCCUUUGUUUUGUUGAAACACAGGAUCGAGCUGAUCGAUUCUUGUCUUCGAAUCAUCUCCCCACUACUUCUCUGUACUCCUGAUCAUCCAACAUAUAGAUUCCCAGUGAAAUUUCUGUUCUGAUGUUGGUCUGGCUUAAUGCAAGGCAAUUUGAUUGAUUCGUUCAUCAGAUGACCAAAAUGGGAUGCUUGCAGACGAUACACCAAGCUAUUGAAGCACUGAAUGAGGAAGGGGGUUCAACAGAGCAAUCCAUAUCUUCAGACAUCAGAUCACAACACCACGAACUCCCAAUUCGGUCACAAGGCCUUCCUCUCUCACCAUCUCAGGAAAUUAACAGAUCAAGGACAGCUCCUUGCCUCUCCCCAGGGCACCUACUCUCUCCCAAACCAGCACAUUCCUUGGCCCUGUCGAGAAGACCAAUGCGAGCAGACGCAAGACCUGGUCUUGCAUCCGUCUUGCGAUGGCCAAAACGAUGUCAAGAAGAAGCGGCUUCAACAUCAGCAGACGCGAGGGAAACCCAUUUGGACCCUGAAGCCGAGGCAAGAAGAUCUGAAGGGAAAUGCAGGAACGUCGGUGACCACGCGCGGGUUGACCCAAGAGUGUUAGGAAAACCAGAUCAACUGGCGCGACCGAUCAAGAUGAAAGGAGAAGGAACUGAUGUUCAUAGGAAAUUCAACAUCAACGUGGGAUUUUGAUCUAAGCUGUUGGUCGCAAGUUCUAUUAGUACAGACUAGUGGGCACAAGUUCAUACGAUCCAUAUCUAUCUCUCAGUUUGACUUUAUCUUGUAGUCUCUAUCCUUCAGACAAUGGACAUAUUUUCUAGUGGGAUUCUUGGGUUGUUGUUGGUGAUUUGUAUAUGUUUAUCACAGGUUUGAUGGUCUCACGAGUCAGCCUCCAUCACUAGUUUAGUUUUACUUUUCUCCAUGAACGACCUGGUAUAAGGUUGGUUGCUUCAGAGACUCUGCAUCAAGUCUUGUUCAAGCAAAGUCCCAGUCACUGUCUGAUUAUCUCCUGAACGAGGAUUAUCUGCUGCUAAUCAUGUCAUCAUAUCCACCUUGAUCCUGGAGCAAGGAAGCUCUUUUUCCAUCAGUAGCGCGAAUCAAGAACCGGGGGCGAUUUUGGAACAUCAUAAAACGACAGCACACAACCCCCCCCCCCCCCCCUCCACGUCACUCUCUCUCUCUCUCUCUCUCUCUCUGAAGCGCAUAUCUUCUUCAAUAAUGUCACGACAGCGCGGUCGACAUUGGAGUCGCAGGUCAAGCGCUGGUGAUCCAAACAAUUCGUGUUCGAUCCUUCUAAAUGGGGAGCAACAAUCUCGUGGACGGCGUUCGUCGCUGGUUCAAUCGCCGCUCCUCCACGACCGUCCCGAACAACAGCAGCAACAACAACAGCCAUAACCAUCACGACCAAAAUAGCGGCAACGGUUACCGCAACUCCCGUUAUGGAAAGCGUCACGUGUCGUUGAGCGGAUCACACGCUCGAUCGCCGAACGGUGUGGGGGAUGACAGCGAGGGCGGGGAACAAAAGGGGAAUCUCGCGAUCGUUGAGGAUUUUGGCGUCUCCGGAUUGUCUCUGAUCAAAGUUCCUAAACGGACCCACUUCAACAUGGCUGUAGAUUCUCACAAAAAGGGAACUCCUGAAGCAGAUUUCUUUACAGAAUAUGGUGAAGCUAGUCAAUAUCAAAUUCAAGAAGUUAUUGGGAAAGGAAGCUAUGGUGUGGUUGGUUCUGCUAUUGAUACCCACACUGGAGAAAGAGUUGCAAUUAAGAAAAUCAAUGAUGUUUUUGAGCAUGUUUCUGAUGCCACUCGCAUUCUCAGAGAGAUAAAGCUCCUUCGGCUGCUUCGUCAUCCAGAUGUUGUGGAAAUCAAGCAUAUCAUGCUUCCUCCCUCACGGCGGGAAUUCAGGGACAUAUAUGUUAUAUUCGAGCUGAUGGAAUCAGAUCUUCACCAAGUUAUUAAGGCGAAUGAUGAUCUUACCCCUGAGCACUAUCAGUUUUUCUUGUACCAGCUUCUUCGUGGUCUAAAAUAUAUUCAUGCCGCUAAUGUUUUCCAUAGAGAUUUAAAACCGAAAAAUAUUCUUGCUAAUGCUGAUUGUAAAUUAAAGAUCUGCGAUUUUGGGCUUGCCCGUGUAUCCUUCAACGAUGCUCCAUCAGCUAUAUUCUGGACCGAUUAUGUUGCAACUCGGUGGUAUCGUGCUCCAGAACUCUGUGGUUCUUUCUUCUCCAAAUACACCCCUGCUAUUGAUAUUUGGAGCAUUGGAUGCAUAUUUGCGGAAAUGCUCACAGGAAAGCCACUGUUUCCUGGGAAAAAUGUUGUGCAUCAACUGGAUCUGAUGACUGAUUUGCUUGGCACUCCUCCUCCUGAAGCCAUUGCGAGGAUUCGGAAUGAAAAGGCUAGAAGGUACCUUAGUAACAUGCGGAAGAAACAACCUGUUCCUUUCAAACAAAAGUUUCCUAAUGCAGAUCCACUGGCUCUUCACCUGCUGGAGCGCCUUCUUGCAUUUGACCCUAAAAAUCGUCCAACUGCUGAAGAGGCACUAGCUGAUCCUUAUUUUCAUGGUUUGGCCAAUUUGGAACGUGAACCAUCUGCUCAACCCAUCUCGAAACUUGAGUUUGAGUUCGAGAGAAGAAAACUGACGAAAGAUGAUGUCAGAGAGUUAAUUUACCGUGAGAUAUUAGAGUAUCAUCCUCAGAUGCUCCAGGAGUAUCUUCGGGGAGGAGAUCAAAUAAGCUUCAUGUACCCAAGUGGUGUUGAUCGAUUCAAGCGACAGUUUGCCCAUCUGGAGGAGCACUAUGGUAAAGGUGAAAGAAGCAUUCCAGUCCUAAGGCAAAAUGCUUCAUUGCCGAGGGAGAGAGUUUACGAACCUAACAAUGAUCACGAGAAGCCAGGUGCCUCGGUUGCCACCAGCCCUCCAAAGACAGCGCAGCAGUCUAAUAAUUUGGGGAAUCCAAAUUCGGAUGUGCAACAUGAGCACAACCAACCGAAUAGUACACGUUGCUUAUUGAAGAGUGCUAGCAUCAGUGCUUCCAAGUGCAUUGGCGUUAAGGGAAGAGAAACCAAGCAUGAGGAGGCUGAAGUGAAUGACGAGGCUAUUGAUGGGUUGUCUCGAAAGGUCGAGGCUCUCCAUACUUGAUGACUUCAAUCAUUCAAGAAAGGGAUCACCAAUGCAGUUCAUGUCCGGUGGUUAUCGCCAAAGAAGAAUGCUCAACAUCUGUCACAGUUCACGAUCCCUCUUCUUGCAGCGCUCUGCAUCACGGAGAAGUAGACUUUGAUAUUAACAUAGAGAAUUUUGCAUAAGAAUACAUACAUUGACGUGCUUUGGCUGUCAUGUAUAUUAGUUUCCUAAUGACAAUUUGUUGGAGCCCUUCGUUGUACAGAUGGAUAAAUCAGUUGAUUUACAUAGUUAAUCACUUUUUUUCAUCA